AUGCGUAGCAGGUCGCGCCUCUCGCAAGCGUCCCGGUCUCUCUCUGGCGACAGCCUCGACGCGAUCGAGCCCAUCGUCGCGCGCUCGUCGGUCGGCACAGCGUUCUACCUCUUCAACCACCAGGUCGGCGGCCACAAGCCAUUCCUGCGCAGCGCACCGGGCGAGGUGUGCAAACCAGCCAUCCCGCUCGAGCUCGCGUUCUACCGCGCUUUAAGCGGCCGCUUCCCGCAGCUGGAGCCGUUCGUGCCAGCCUAUUUGGGCACGAUCACCGUGGAUUUACAGCCCCACAGCGACAAGGCCAGCAAGCCCGUGACCGGUCGAAAAUCGAGCAAGUCGGUCGACACGAGCGUGAGCUACAGCCUCUGGAACAAAGAAGUCGGCAAGACGAUCGAAGAAGACGACGUCACGCCCUCCUUUCUGUGCGAGUACCUCGUCCUUGGGGACCUCACGUCGGGCUAUACACGGCCGUGUGUCUUGGAUAUCAAGAUGGGCACCCGCCAGCACGGGGAGGAUGCCUCCGAAGAGAAGGCGCGCAGCCACACGCUCAAGUGCGCCGCGACGACGUCGGCGGAGCUCGGACUGCGGCUCUGCGGCAUGCAGAUCUACCGGCAGUGCGACAGCCGCUACGUCCUCCGCGACAAGCAUUGGGGCCGACGACUGCACGCCAGCGACAUCGAGCCCGCCCUUCUCUUUUUUGUCUCCAACGGUGAAGUGGUGCGGCAAGACGCGGUCGCUGGGCUCUUGCAGCGACUCCACGCGCUCAAGGACGUGAUUGCGGCCACGGACGGCAUUCGGUUCUGGGGUGCGUCACUUCUCUUGGUGUAUGAGGGUGAGACCAAGGGCCGGCCGACCCGCGCCACCGACGUCCGGCUCAUCGACUUUGCGCAUUGCCACCAAGACUUGUGUAUUGGCUCGCCGGACGAGGGGCUCUUGCUGGGCUUGAGUAACCUGAUUGCGUAUCUGUCGCAUAUCGCGUCGGGGCCACCCACCGCGUUGCCGCUCCCCGAGCUCGACACGAUAUAAUGCCAGUCUUUCUCCUACUUGAAC